AUGGAGGAACGAAGGGGCAUGGUUGUCAAUACGUAUCCCGGCCGAUACUCGCCGACUAGCGACAGACCGGCGCCUCCACACCAACAAGGGAUGAUGCGCGCCUUUGCGGCGGCCUCGCUGAAAGAUUGCGCGGUCUUGGGCCCGGAGAUUCGGAGGUACUUUCAGAAGUCCUUCGAUCGCGAGUUUCUGGCUUCAGUCGCCAGCCGAAGAGAUCUUUGGCGCAUUCUUCUGCCCUUGCCCGGCAUCUUCGCUUUUGUGGCGGACCGGGGAGACAACGAGCUCAUGAUCAUGAACGACCGCGGCCCAGCGUGGCAUGAGACGAUCUGCAACUUGCUCAGCUUGCCCGUUGAAGAACGCGAGCGUUGCGAGAUUGCCAGCAGCUACACCUUCACCAUGGCGUGUCCAGCGCCUUCUUCGCCCCCUGGCACCUUGCCAACGCUGCAGGGGAUCAUGGAGGCGUCCACCCUGGAUGCUGCAAAAGUCGCAGCGGAUCUUGGGUUGCGCGCUCUCAUACUAAACUUCGCGCAUGGCUACAAUUGUGGAGGAGGCUUCGAACAUGCUUCCGGCAGCCAGGAAGAGGCGAUCUUCCGCUCCUCCUCGCUGUUCCUCAGCUUGUGGCCGCAUCGCAGGAAGGAUGACGGCCCUGGAGUGCUCAAACGUGGCACUUGGAUCGGCGACUUUGACGAAUUGCUUCCGCGGAAGGAGCCUUUCUACGAGCACACCGAGUGCGGAGGCAUCUAUUCCCCUUACGUUCGCCUGAUGGCCUCGGAUGCAGAGGUGGCUGUGGCCACCGUCGCGGCCCAGGAUGUGACGCGCAGUCCACCCUUUAGGCGCGAGCUUCUGCGCGAGAAGAUUCGCACGGUCUUGUGGAUGGCACGGGAGAACGGCCACGAUGCCGUCGUGCUUGGCGCGUUCGGCUGCGGAUACUUCAGCAAUCCGGCGGAGGUGGUUGCAGAAACCUUCCAGCAACUUCUGGCCACGGAGUUCAGCGGAGUGUUUCGGCUUGCCCUCUUCGCACUGCUCAGGGACAGGAACUUCCCAGCGUUCACCAAGUACUUCCCUCUUCUCGAUGCGAAACGGCUGCCCUCCUUACUGGAAGGUCACACUCCGGCUCCAAAGCCGUACCCGGAGUGA